AUGGCGGCAGACACAGAAGCUGCAUUCAAGCAGGCUGUGAUCAAGGCCGCCGUCAAGACUGUUCUCGAAAACAUCAAGGGUGGCGACAUUCAACUCACCGAAUCUGAACUCCUGCGCGCGACUGAGGAUAAUCUCAAUGCUGCCCGAGAAACCCCGCCGCAGUUCAUCCCCGCAUAUACUUCGAGUAUGCGCAAGAAGAAGCCAUGCAUACCCAGAGCACGUAAACAGAGUAAUGUGAAGUACUACCCUGCGGCAACGGCGGCCGCUCCUGGUGCUACUAACAAACCGAUGGUGCCGAAGACCAAGAAGGCGAGUGCGAAGGAGGCGAAGCCCAAGAAGGCGGGGCUAGCUGCUGAUCGUGCUGAGAAUGGAAAGCUGGCCGUCGAGAAUGAAAUGAAUACCUGGCUUGAAGAAGAUGAUUCAGGUCUCGACUCGGACGCGUCAUACUCUGACACAAUGGGCGCAGAUGCCGAGGAAGAAGACGGUUCGGAUCUUGACUGGAGUGGAUCGCACAUCACAACAGACGACGCAGAUAUCAAGCUCGAAGAAGAAGAUUUGGACCUGGACCUGGAUGCCUCUAACCUCGCCACAACGGACACAGAUUCGAAGGUAGCUGAGGGACGUCGUACAAGGCGCACUCGAGGCGACUCCGAGCUACGUGCCCCAGCACUGUAUAAGGCCGAAGUUACACGGACCGCCGACAACGACGUGAUAUUUAUGGCGUCUACGGAAGACACUGCUGGAAGCACUCAACAACUCAUCCAGAAAUGCUUCAGACUGGGUCUCCACAUCAAUACGCCUGAUACUGAGGCACGAUCGACGCUGCUCACCGCAUCCCGUCUGAUGAAGAAAUACAACGUGGCUCAGGCAGAAGUCCUGGCUCAUACAAACCCAAAGGAACAGCUGCAGCUUGGUGGCCAGAGCGUUGUCUCCAUCCGACGUGACGACGGCGACCUCACGAUCGACGUGAUGCGAUACGAAUACAUCGACCAGUUGCAAAUUGCCAUUAACAAGUUGUUCGACCUCAGAUCUUUCAUCAACAGUGAACCACGUACAAAGGGGAUUGAUAUUACGUUUUGCGGGAUAGCAAGCAACACUAUUGCUGCUGCAACGGCCUUUGAAAUGUCACACAACCUCAUAGUCGAAUGGGCUCGGAGGUGGAACAACACUAACGAACGUGUCGGCUACUGCAAUCGUAUUUGUAGCACCAUUCGUGAAGCGGCCCAGCAAGAGAGGUUGGAUGAGAUGGAGCGCGCCGAGAAAGCUGAGACCAUGGCGUUGGCGUUCAAAGGCAAUCAGGAAAAGGCAAAGCGGUACGGAGCGCCCGAUCACUUGAAUGGUCCUGUGCUUGCCGGGCUUCUUAAUCCAACGAUUGACGACAUGGCCCAAAACGAAACAGAUGAGACAUAUCUGGCACGCAUUUCGGUUUCUUCGGCAUCCUGGGCUCGAGACCAUGCGGUGCGCAAAGGCACCGAGAACAAAUCGAAGAACGUUGCAACGUACUCUCUCCUAUCUAGCAAAGCGGACAACGGCGAUCACAAUAUGAAUGAAGUUGACCGGCGGCCGACCGGCACGAACUCCGACCGCAACUCCUCUCUUGGCAAGGGACACAAGAAGCAGGCUGCAACUAGAUUGCAACAUCGCCACUCUUUCCAUGACGAAGACGACGAGGAAAUCGUUUUGAAACAAGAAGCCGAUGGAAUUGAGAAUGGUAGAGGCCAUGGCACAGAUGCCAGCUUCAUCAGUCCAUCUCAACUGAUCUCGUGGCGUGAGAUGGCGGUCAAGAUCGCAGUCAACGAGUUGCGAAAGACGACCGUGAAGCCUUACGCAGACCAACCGCGCAAGCGUAAGAGAGCCAGCCAAGGAACUCGAGAUGGUAGCAAGACCGACAGCAAGAAGGCUCAUACUCGGGUGAAGACACCGAAGCCCACAAAAGUCAAAUGUCGAUACAACGGAAAAUGA